AAUUGAUUUACGCAGCCGAAGGAUUUCAGAGGGAAAAAGUCAUCUGACAAGACGAUCCUCAGGGUUGAACUAUGAACAAAAAAGGAUCAAUUGACGUAAUUGUCAAAAAUAAAGUUUUCCUCAUUCAAACUUUAUCUGGAGAGGCCAAUUUCAUCUUGCAGCAUGUGCACCAGGCUGAAAUUAUUACAACACGUGACUACGAGAACCUCUCAGAUAUUUAUGAAAGAGAGAAGAAAGUCAUCCACCUAAUUGACAAAGUCAUGAGGAGGGGGGAGGAAACUUGUCGUCGAUUCCUAGAGCUUUUAAGACAGGAUAAUAUAUUGGAAACUUUUCCAGACUUAAAAGGUCAUGCUGUUAUUGCUUCUCCAGCCAUGCCACACACCUCUCCAGUGCAGGAGGUCUGUGAAUACAAAAUAGAAAAAAUUCCACGUGGUAAAUGCGUAAUCAUCAAUAAUGUUGAUUUUCAGACCAUGGCUGAAAGAAAGGGAUCGGAUAAGGACAAAGAGUAUCUUGCCAAAGUUUUCCGCUGGUUAAGGUUUGAGGUGGUGGAGCACAGAAAUAAAACUGCAGCUGAGAUGAGCAAACUUCUCGAGGACUUGGGGAAGACAGUAGAUGGAGACUGUUUUGUAUGCUGCAUCCUCUCUCAUGGCGAAAAAGAAGGAGUCUGUGGAACCGAUGGUGCUGUUGUUUCUGUUAAUAAAAUACGGGAGCCUUUCACUGGCAUUAACUGCCAGAGGCUAGUUGACAAGCCGAAGCUGUUUAUUAUACAGGCAUGUCGUGGGAAAAAAAAUCAACAACGUGUGCAUGUGCAAAUGGAUGGUCCAGAAGAUUCAGAGAUGGAGGUGGAUGGUGAAGAGUUUGAUAGCACAAUCCCAUCUGACACGGAUUUCCUUAUUGCCAGGUCAACCACUGAUGAUCACUAUUCUUAUAGAGAGCCAGAAAAAGGUUCCUGGUUUAUUCAGUCACUUUGCCAAAACCUAGAGCAACAUUGUCCAAAAGGUGCAGACAUCCAGACAAUCUUGCUUUCUGUGAAUAAUGAGGUUAGCAGUCGGGGAUUCAACUCCAAACAGAUGCCCAUCCAUGAAGUCGCCUUGAGGAAGAAGCUGGUCCUGCGUCCGGUGUGAACCACUGAAACCUCCUACAGUGUACAGCACUGCUCGAUAUGCAUUAUGGUUUUAUAUAAUAAGGGAAUCUUUACUCGUACAUUCCUGGCUUUGUUGAAGUUUUUUAAAGGAAGUUUUUUGUUUUUAAAUCAGGCUGUGACUGUUUACUUCAAGGGAAUCAUGAGCCAUUUGAGUUUUUUUCUAAGUAUAUUUUUGAUACUGCAUUUUUGCAGAUAUGUUUUAUACCCAUUGUCUAUACUGUUAUUUUAAUGUUCUUUCUGUAUCUAAUUCAAAUACACUGAUCCAGGUAUUUAUGGCCAUUCAUUUUUGUCAUAAGUGUGAUUUUGUUAUGGUGUUUUAUCAGUGCAGUAAGACAAGAAGCCUGCUGGAUUUCCUUAUGUUGAACUUUUUAAAAUUACUUUUUUUCCCCAUAUCAGUCCUCACUGUAUAUGCACCAUAAUGGCAAAUUAAAAACAGAAUUGUCACAACUUCAUGUAUCAAAAAAAAAAAAAAAAAAAAAACUGAAAUAA